AAACGUGUGUGACGAAGUUCGCUCUGCUGGCGAAGAAAGGUGUUGGUGUGUGUCCGAGAGAAAAACGCUGCCGAGCCGGAAAGGGAUGAGCAGUGCCUGCUAGAAGCUGCAGGCCAGCCGUCCAGAACCUUUCGGAGCUCCCCAAACGCUGCCUACCCUACUCCCCUUCUUGGCGCGCGCGGCAGAUGCGGGGAAGCCGCAGAAGGAAAGCCACUUAGCUCGUAGCUAAUCGACUGCAGAGAGAGGCGGGGUCUGCGGAGGAUGGCCUCUUCUAUGGGCGUCGUGGUAGAUCCGUUCUCCGUGGCGGAGCCGAGUGAGCUCCCGGACUGGAGACUGCCCCUCAGCUUCAUGAAAUCUCGGCACGUGGAGAAGAUUCAGGCGCGGGGAGAAGUGGAUGAAUGGAGGAUCAGAGACAGGAUGAAAACAUGGAGUGUGGCUCUAUGUCUGUGUCUAAAUGUCGGAGUAGACCCUCCAGAUGUUGUCAAGACAAAUCCUUGUGCCCGACGAGAAUGUUGGAUCGACCCACUCUCAAUGAGUCCACAGAAGGCCAUAGAACAGAUCGGAACCACUCUUCAGAAACAGUACGAGCGCUGGCAGCCGCGAGCUCGCUACAAGGUCCUGCUGGACCCUACCACUGAAGACACUCGGAAACUCUGCAUCAGUCUACGGAAAACAGCAAAGAACGAGAGGGUGCUGUUCCACUACAAUGCUCACGGUGUACCAAAGCCAACACAGAAUGGGGAAAUAUGGGUCUUCAACAAGAGCUACACGCAGUACAUCCCCAUGUCGAUGUAUGACCUGCAAGCCUGGAUGGGGAGCCCCUCAAUCUACGUCUACGAUUGCUCUCAUGCAGGGCUCAUUCUGGACUCGUUCAAGGUGUUUGCUCGCCAGCGAGACAGCGAGAGUUUCAUGGACUCUCCCCACCAGACCUCCAGCAUACACCUCGGGUUCCUCAACAGCUGGUGUAUCCAGUUGGCGGCGUGUGGACCAAAGGAGAUGCUCCCGAUGAACCCUGAACUCCCCGCGGACCUCUUCACCUGCUGUCUCACCACACCCAUAAAGACCGCCCUCUUCUGGCACUUUCAGCAGCAGAGAGUGGGGAAGCUGAGUCUGGUCCAGGGGGAUUACGCAGGAGAUUCUGGAGAAGAUCCCGGGGAAACUGAGUGACCGGCGGACGCCACUGGGGGGAGCUGAACUGGAUCUUUACUGCCAUCACAGACACUAUUGCUUGGAACACACUCCCUAUGGAAAUUCAUGCAGCAAUGGAAUCCUUGCGCUCUUCGGAGUCUAACAAUAUGUUCUACUAAGCUUGAAUCCCUACCAGUCAAAAGUUAGCUGUAUGCCCCAUAAGAAAAGUAUACCAUAAAGUAUGCGGUUACUGUAUUAACUGUUGUGAGCGCAAUAGACGUAGUCACCACACGCCUGUAUACACACCACACCACAGGUCAGUUCCAGAAACUAUAUCGUCAGGACCUCCUCGUGGCCAGCCUGUUCCGGAACUUUCUCCUGGCGGAGAGGGUGAUGAGGUCGUACAAGUGUACCCCGGAGUCACACCCCGCCCUCCCGCCCACCCACCAGCACCCUCUCUGGCAGGCCUGGGAUCUGGCCCUGGAUCACGUCCUCUCCCAGCUCCCAGAUGUCCACGCCGGGAAGAAGGACUACGAGCCCUCGCAGUUCUUCUCCCAGCAGCUGUCGGCGUUCCAAGUCUGGCUGAUGAGUGUUGGAGACUCGAAAUCCCCGCCUCAGCAGCUGCCCAUCGUCCUCCAGUUUCUGCUGAGCCAGGCUCACAGGCUCCAGGCUCUGGAGCUGCUGGGGAGAUUCCUGGACCUGGGAUCCUGGGCGGUCCACUCGGCACUCACUGUCGGCAUCUUCCCCUACGUUCUCAAACUCCUCGGCAGCAAGCUGAGAGAGCUACAGCCAAUCCUGAUGUUCAUAUGGGCCAAGAUACUAGCUGUAGACCCUUCGUGUCAGAAAGACCUAGUAAAGGACAAUGGAUACAAAUACUUUGUGCAGGUUCUGGGGGACACCAGUAUGCAGUGCGAGUAUCGGACCAUGGCUGCCUUUGCCAUCUCUGCGGUGGUCAACAAGUACCCAAUGGGACAGGAGCGUUGUCUCCAGAGUGGAGUGGUAGGUACCUGUCUGGGGCAGCUGGAGGAGCCCAACCCAGUCCUCCGCCAGUGGCUCGCCAUCUGCCUCGGACGUCUCUGGCAGAACUUCGACUCCGCCCGCUGGUACGGUGCCCGUGACAACGCCCACGACAAACUAAUCUCUCUUCUCUGGGACGAGAUUCCUGACGUCAGAGCGGCUGCAGUCUUUGCCCUGGGAACCUAUCUCCUCAACACCUCUGAGGACGGGACCAGUGAAAUGAGGGUCACCAUUGACCAGGCGGUCGGCUCUGCUCUCCUCCAGCUCAUGAACGACGCCAGCCCCGUGGUCAGAAUGGAGUUGGCCUCAGCACUGCACGGUCUCACUCUGCUCUACGAGAAACAGUUCCACAUCGCAGCUCUCCACUUCUCUGAGGGGAAGAGAGUUGCGGCCACCAAUCUCACAACCAGUGUAACCCCCACCGGCUGGAUCCACGUCACCAUCGCCCCCCAGGAUUCAGACGGGGAAAACGAGGGGGGCUCCACUGCCUCUACCAAUAUUCCGACCCCCAACUCCCCCCUGUCAACCAGCCUCUCGGGAAACUCCCAGCACUCUAUCAGUAACGGAAUCGAUAGCCUCGCAAGCCACGCCCAUAACGGGGAACUUCAAAGUUCGUCUGUCGGUGGGCCCCCCGGGGACCUGCCCCCCACCAGCAGGGGGAGCAUAUCGAACGGGGAGGCGAGUGGGAAACAGUUUUUCGAAGACCUCCCAAAGAGUAAAUCGGCUCCGGGGGGCGCGAGUCUGGGGGCCAGAAAUUGGUACCAGCAGAUCUGGAGAGGGAUGGUGUACCUGGCUUCCGACCCUUUCCCCAAAGUUGCCGAUGCUGCUCAGCACGUCGUUCAUGGUCUCCACGAUAAGCUGCGCCAGAAACCGCAAGCAAAGAUGAUUGGAGCAACGCUGGUGGCGUCUUACUCCGCUCCUUGUUCUCCAAAGGACGCCGGACACACAGUCAAGUGUGCCACACUCGGCGCUGCAGGAAUGAAGUUCAGGCAGCCUAAAUCUGGGAUGGCAUCUUCUGCGAUCAUGUCUCGAGUGAAAUCAGAGCUGACUUCACUACCGCCCACCGGCAGACCCAAAGCCCCUUCCCCAGACCCCUCCUCCAGUGGAGACGAGGACGAUGAGGGGGAGAGUUCUCUGCAUGCACUCUCGACUCAGUUCUGUGACUGGUGCUGCAAGUACUUUGCCAACCCUCUCAUGAAGCAACCAUCGGAGUGUGAUCCAGCCAGCCCGGGCUACCAGCAACGAGAGUAUCGGUUCAUCCGGAACCACCUCGUGCGAGAAGAGAUGGCCAGGAGCUGUCUCCCUCUCUCGGGGAGCAGAAUAAACGACCAGAUCUUUGUGAACCGCGAGGCACGGCCAGCACAGCUCCUCAAGUUCCAUCCCUACCAGCCCCAGCUUGCCGUCAUUCACCGCAACUGCUGGAGUAUCUGGGACAUAGAGCAAGGGUCAAAGGUGACGAGUUUCCAGGAGAACUGCACAUACUCCACAGCAAAGAUUACGGCUGCCGAGUUUAUCAAUCCGCACGACAUCAGCUUCCUUCUGGUUGGCUCAGAGGAUGGAGCAGUUCAUGUAUGGAGGGACUACUGUCAAGAGAACAGCGAAGCUCAGAAGCCAACUCUGGUGACAGCCUGGAGAGGACUCCUCGACAUGCUCCCUGUCUCCAAGAGAGUAGGAAUGGUUCUGGAGUGGGAGCAACAGACUGGUCUUCUCUAUGCCUCUGGUGACGUCAGGCACGUCAGAGUGUGGGACACUCACAAGGAGCUGAUGGUGCAGGACAUACCGACCCACGCCGACAGCUCCGUGACCUGUCUCACCUCUGACUCCGCCGAACGCUCGCUCCUUAUCGCUGGCUGCGGUGACGGAACCGUGAGACUGUACGACAGACGCCAACCUUCGAACUCCAGUCUGGUGUUGACUCUGAGAGAGCAUCAGGGCUGGAUUGUGAAUGUUCUCAUGCAGCAGUAUGGGAGUGAGAGUACCAUCGUCUCGUGCAGGUAUAUGCCACAAUAAAUACCGUGUGAUUCCUCCCAAGUAUGACUAUAUACACUACGAAGAGAAAGUGUAAGCUCUGUGUAACUGUCUAGUGUUGGAGGAGAGGUUAAGACGUGGGAUCCAAGAUUCAUGAAGAGCGUCGGCACGUACAACCUCUCUCCCACCAUCAAUGUCUGUGAUAUCCAUCCUCGGGCACCAUUGCUGGCUUGCGCCUCCCAUCAACAACAGGCCAUUCGUAUUUUCAACUUGGAAAGAAACGAGGUCCUCAAUACAAUCCGUUACCAUGACGGUUUUAUGGGGCAAAAAAUUGGCUCGAGCAACUGCCUGGCUUUCCACCCUUACAAGGUUCUUCUUGCUCACGGUGGAGUGGACGGGAUGGUGGCCAUUUACUCGACAGAGAGAAAGAAGUUGAGCGGUCGCUAACCUUUUCACCCUGUCUUUUCGUUGUUUACCUCUGUGCUUUAUAAUGGACGUUUUCGUUUUGGGGUUGCUAUGUUGUUUAUGGAGUGCCGUCUUUUAUAGCUCACUCACUAACUCAGACUCUGCUAUAUCACACUAUUUAUCAUCGUUGUUGUCUUGAUCUUUUUUGUUUUUGAAGAGUUUGCCACUUAUACAUUGUAUUACACUGCGUUAAAAAAACUUGCAUGGAAAUGAACCGUGAGACAACACAAAUGAAAUCUGAGACAAAUGAAAACCACGUGUUUUUGGUCAUUGUUCUGUUUCUUGUGACAGGAUGUCUUCCUCGAGAUCUUGUAAGAUUUUGCUGUACUUCAGCAGUUCUUUUUUCAUGUGCUGGAGCUGGUGAAUGACUCCAGACCUCCAUAUCUCACACGGCUCUCUCUUCUCCAUGUUCACCUCUCGCACGAGCGUCCACUCGUCCGGAGCCGGCACAUUGGUGGGGAUGCGGACGAAAGGGAGAGCGCCUCCCGAGACGCUCGCGUGGGAGACAUCUUCGCAAACACCGUGGGACAAGAGAGAGUCCUUUGGUGUGCUCAUAGCGUCUCUCUUCUCUCACACACGAAGCAUGUAUCUGCCGGGCAG